AGCAACGCUGGCCUUUCUUCCCCUUCCUCCUUCCUUUCGUUAUCAUCCUCUCUUUUGAUGUUCUUGUCGCAUUCCGUUGCUCUUCUUCACCAAGAUCCUGCCGACUAAGCUACGGAUUCAUUAUGGUUUACUAUAUGAUGCCAGUAGGCAUAUUUCCCUUGCUAAGAUGCGUGCCUCUGUAUAUUCCUGCUUCUUCAAAGUGUGACCAAGAAGCACCUUCGCGAACAAGUUCCAGUCGUGAAAUAACCCCAAGAUGGAAGACCGACCCUGACCAUAUCCCACCCUCAAGUCAGAGUGGAAAUUCGAUUUGCAAACACAAUAUGCAGACGUCACUACGCCGAUUUUUGGGAGCUAUGAACCCAUCAAAAGCAACCAAGCAAUAUUCAGCAUCGUCAUGGCAUCGUACUGCCCGGCCUCUCAUCGAGCCUUCCUCUAGAGAUCCGAGGAAUGCAGGCAGCGCAAAACACACCAAGGCAGGCGCCAUGGUCUACGAUGCUCAUGGGUUCGACCCAAUUGUUCUGCCUCUCCACCAUCGCUCACAUUCAGAGUCUCUUCAGCAUCAGUUCCUCCAGGUCACAUGCCGCUCCGAUGACAAGAAAAGUGAUGGCUUUCCUCCACGAUACGCGGCGCUCGACCCCAAUCCUUUCUCUGACACCGCAAAAAACAGCCACGAUUUACCAAACACACCUACACCCGUCACCAAGCACAAAAAGAGUCUGAAAUCCACAGCCAAGAAAAUGAAGAUGAAUGUGCUCAGAACAAUCCAAGACAUACCUUCGGCGGCUAAGGUGGCUCAUGCUCGAAUGAACUCGAAAACCAAUAAAAGGAACAGAAAUAUGAGUGGGGAGAGCUUUGGGUUGUAUGGAAAACUCGCCGAUCGAGAUGAUGAGUCGGCGUGGAAACUCACCCUAGGAGUCAAGAAAAAGCUGCAGGACGUAGCGAGCAUUAGCUGAUGGAUAGGUAGAGAAGCAUUAUUUUGUUCUGGAUUUACAUUGUGUUAAUUGCAGGGAGAAUCGCGUAGUCUUUUCAGAGCGUGAAGUCCGACUUCAAUACACCAAGACAGGGUUUGGUGAAAGAAAAAUAGAUAAUCGAUGGAAAAGCUCGAUCUCGGUCUCUCGUAUACUGAAUACAGCAUCAAAACAAUCCCACUUUCAUUAGGAGGCGUUUUCUUACCAUCCUGGUCACCCCUUUCAGUCAUUCAAUCGUUGCUUUGACC